AUGCAAGCAAAGCAAGACGGUCAGGCCGAUGUGUUGACUCAGUUUAUGACUGAAACGAGAUCAUCAAUUCGGAGCUUGGAAACACAAAUUGGACAGUUGGCUACGCUUAUGGCAAACCGAGCUCAAGGGAACUUGCCAAGCACUACUAAGGUGAAUCCCAAGGGGAAUCCUAACGAACAGUGUCAGGCGAUUACUUUGAGGAGUGGAACAAUGUUGGGGGGAACAAAUGUGGAAAAGAGCGUCGAGCAGAAGCAAGAUCAACAGGCACCCACUGAAGAGGACAAGAAGACUUGUGAAGAGAAGGUUAAAGAGAUUCCUCCAGCAAGAGAAGUGGUACCUCCGGUGUCUAUAGAUCAUCACAGAAAAAUUCCAUAUCCACAGAGACUCCAAAAGAACCGUCUUGACAAGCAGUUUGCAAAAUUCUUAGAGGUAUUCAAGAGGCUGCAUAUCAACAUCCCCUUCGCAGAAGCAUUAGAGCAGAUGCCCAGUUACGUUAAAUUUAUGAAAGAUAUUUUAUCAAAGAAGAGAAAGAUGGAGGAUUACGAAACUGUGGCAUUGACCGAAGAGUGCAGUGCUAUUUUGCAGAGGAAGCUUCCACAGAAUUUGAGAGAUCCUGGAAGUUUCACAAUCCCAUGCACAAUUGGUAACUUUGAGUGUAAACAUGCACUAUGUGAUUUGGGAGCCAGCAUAAAUCUCAUGCCUCUAUCGGUAUUCAAAAGACUUGGUUUGGGUGAGGCAAAGCCAACAACUGUUACACUACAGUUGGCCGAUAGAUCACUGGCUCAUCCGAGGGGGAUUAUUGAAGAUGUGCUAGUGAAGGUCGACAAAUUCAUUUUCCCUGCAGAUUUUAUUGUGCUAGACAUGGAGGAGGAUGCAAAUGUCCCAAUUAUUCUUGGGCGACCGUUCCUAGCAAAAGGACAAGCUCUAAUAGAUGUGCAAAAGGGAGAGCUGAAACUCAGAGUUGAGGGGGACGAGGUGGUGUUUAGUGUCUUCAAAGCAAUGACGUACCCGAUGGCUAGUGACAGUUGCUACAGUGUGGAUGUGAUAGAUAAGGCAGUUUUGAAAAGAAGGGUCAGUAGUGAUUCUUUAGAGGCAGUGUUGACUGGUGGGGAAGAAGAUGAAGAUGAUGAAGAGAUGAAAGAAUAUGUAAAAUGGAUUAACUCUUACCACCCGUAUACGAAGAAAUUUGAAGAGUUGGCAGAGGCCACCGAUCGACCAUUAACUUCCAUUCAGCAGCCACCGAAAUUGGAAUUAAAGGCUCUUCCUGAGCAUUUGUGUUAUGCGUUCUUAGGGGAGAAUGAGACCUUGCCAGUAAUUGUUUCAGCUGAUCUCUCAAAAACUGAAUUGGAGAAAUUGUUGAGGGUUUUACGAGAUCAUAAAAUGGCCAUUGGAUGGACAUUGGCGGAUAUUAGAGGAAUAAGUCCUUCAACAGUAAUGCAUCGAAUCUUAGUGGAGGCAGAAACCAAGCCAUCUAUAGAGGCUCAAAGGAGGCUCAAUCCAGGUAUGAAGGAUGUUGUACUUGAGCAGAUUUUGAAAUGGUUGGACGUCGGGGUGAUUUAUCCAAUUUCUGAUAGUGCUUGGGUGAGUCCAGUGCAGGUGGUGCCAAAGAAAGGUGGAAUAACAGUAGUCAAGAAUGAAAAUAACGAGUUAAUUCCAACUCGAACAGUGACCGGGUGGCGCAUAUGCAUCGACUAUCGUAAGUUGAAUAAGGCUACACGAAAAGAUCACUUCCCACUUCCUUUUGUUGACCAGAUGUUGGAUAGGUUAUCAUCAAAUUGCCAUCGUGCCAGAGGACCAAGAGAAAACGACAUUUACAUGUCCUUAUGGCACGCUCGCUUUCAGGAGAAUGCCAUUCGGAUUAUGUAA